ACCAGAAGUCACAAUUAGUGGCCAAGCAGCCGUGGUAAGGAGGAGAACAGAAGAUCGCUAGAUCCAACUCGGGUCCUAACUUCUACCCAUCAUCAAUUUUGCUGCUACUUUUGCCCCGCCGGCGAUCGCUCUCUUCCGGCCGGUGCUGCCACUGUCGUUGCUUCAGUUUACUCUGUUCGUAGUCUUUCGUGGAGGUACUUUGGCGGCCGUCAGUAUCCGUGUUUUGAUGCUGAAGCUGUCUCUCUGUUCGAUUGGUGAAUGAAGGGAAUUUAGCGGAUUAGGGUUUUGGGUUCUGUUGUUUGGUUAGCUUCAUGUCGAUUCAUGUUCAAUCAAAUGGGGAAUCUUAACAAACGUAGCAGUCCUUUGAUGCAGAUGGGCUCUGCUACUGAGGUUCAAACAAUGAAUUCCCCUGGAUUGAUUAUCAAGAACACCGAUUCAAUUCGAUGGUUUCUCCGUUCUGCAUCCAAUGAGACACACCUUCCUCUGGAGCUAAAAGAUGCUGCAUCUAGGUUGUUGUCACAGGACAAUGUGCACUAUGUGUCUCUCCGAAGUAUAUGGACGGGAUCUCAGCCUUCCAGCCGUCCAGAGUUGAUGCUUCUCUUAUCAGGAUCUGAAUUCAUCUUCCCCACCCCUAAACCAAGAGAAAAGGGCGAAGAACUAAAGGCGAGAUUGAGGAAACUUGAGGAACUGGCUGAGAGAAAGGCCUAUCAGGAGCUAGUCAAGGAUAUCACGCCAAGCAAAGAAACAACUGAACCUUUCUCUUCUUACAAGGAUCAGCUCGGCUUUGGUAUAGUGUACUUAAAGAGUUCACAUUUCGUUCUUCCGUUAUUGAUGUCUUGGCGCAAAUCCAAAUUUAGAAAGAACAUUGAUCAAUGUGGUUUAUCGCGGCAACACAAUUUGAUUGGUAGAGAAAUAGGAUGCUUAUGUUAAGUAAUAAAUGAACUUGAUCUUAGUCUUUUGACUCUUUUCCCUUAAUAUACUUAUAUUAUCUGAAUACAUAACUGAAUCAUGUUCAAUAUGUUGACUGCACAAAUUAUGAGUUCUUAUGCAAAGGUAGGAUAACUCUCUCGGGAGGAUUUGUGCAAUUCUAGAAAUAUUUACCAUCAUGCUUGAACCAACUCUCUACAGGUCUGCAUGUUGGUCUCACCAUGUUCACUGGAUAUUUAGUUGGGUAUGCAGCAUUCAGAGCAUUGUUUGGCCACAGUCCUGCCAUGAGCGCUGCUGGUGGAAUUCUGGGAUUGGUGGGCGCGAUGCUUUUGGAAACACUCCUUUUCAUUAUUAGAACAUCUGAUCCGGCUCCCAAAUCAAACAGAACCAAGCUAAAGAAGCCAUAGACUGGUACUUCAAUUACGUUUUUAGAUUUCCAUGAUUGCUCAUCAUGGACUUAAUUCAAAACCCACGCAAUUGAGAAGCUGCUGGACUUUUCAUCGGACUGUUGAAUGCAUGCCAUUUCAUAUCACUCUGGCUUGUAGUACGUACCAUCUCAACGGCAAUGGUUUUCUGAGUGUUUGGCUUCAGCAUAGGGAAGUAGCAGUAAGAAAAAGUGCUGCUUUGCAGCUUCAGCUAUGAUCUGACAUUCCCGGUUUGCAGUUUGGAGCUCUAAUUGCAGGCAGAAAGCGAGUUGCCUCGAUAGACUAUGUGCAUGUACAAGGUUAAUGGUUGUAGCGUUGUAGUUCCUGUAGAUAUUACAGCAUUGUGAUCAAAACCGCAGUCUAUCUUACUGGGGAGAUGCGGUACCCAUAGAGAACUCAGAAUCCAUUUUAUUUUGGGAAAAUGACCAACAUGGUUUGGGUAGGUUUUCUCCUAAACUCCACAACAGAUGUAAUAAUUUUGAUACGAGUUUGGUAUAUUAAGUAUCUAUAUCGAAACCACUUGUUUAACGCUCUGUUUGAAAACAAGGGAGGUGCAAAUUGCAGGAGGGUGCAAGUUGAGG